CGAGAAUAAGGCAAAGUGUUUUUAAAGAGUACGCAAAUUUUACCGUGAAAUACAAAGUAUUCUUUAAAGAUGGACAAAGAAGUUGCAGUGCUCCAGCGUAAAUUGGAAGCGGAGCUUAAAAACUUCAAAGAAUCGCAAAAAGAAUUUUCUAAACUCGUACAAACUCAGCAGCAACUAGAUGGUCAGUACUUCGAAAGUAAGAGUAUUUUAGAAGAGCUACAAAUGCUGAAACCAACCAACACGGUAUACAAAUUGUACGGGCCAGUUCUGGUCAAGCAGGAUGUAGAAGAGAGCAAGCAGAAUGUUGGAAAGCGCAUUGAAUAUAUCACGAAAGAGCUUAAGCGUUGUGCGGAUAAUAUCAACCAGCUGGAACAAAAGCAGGACAAAUUUCGGGCCAAUCUGCAGAAACUUCAACAGCAGUACCAUAGCCAAAUGGCACUGGCCAAGCAAUAGAUGCUCGUACGACAGUGGGAUGGCAUUCAAUGAUUGAAAUAUGUAUCAACACCCCAAACCACUGCUCCAUUUUGCUGUGAAUAAAAUGGCACUCAACAUCUAAUGAGUA